CAGAUGGAUUUGAGGUCCAGUGAAACAAAAAAUCACAAUGAACUUAAAAGAAAAAAGAAUGCAAAAAAGGUUAGAAAGUGGAGAGAAAAGCAAAAACUUAAUACAGAAAAGGAUGAAGAACUGAAGAAAAAAGACAGAGAAAGGAAAAAUAGGGCAAGGGCUAAGCUGCGACAGGAAGCUGAAAGAAGUAAACCAAAGCUUGAAAAAUUAAGAAAGCAAAAGAGAGAAGAAAUGAAGCGCUACCGACUAAAACAUAAGAAACAACAAGAGAAAAAACAAUCAAAUAUGGAAACUUUCAAUAAGAUAAAGACAAAUGAAAGUCUUAAAAGAAAAUUGGCAGUGAAAAGAACACAGACCUGGAGAAUGCGAAUAAAACUGAACGAUCAAUCCAACUUGCAAAAUGAGAAUCUUGAACAAUUAGAACAACUGAGAGAAGUAGAUACUUCUAUUCCAAGUACUUCAAGCUCAUUCACAUCACGAUUUUCCAGAUAUAGGCAAGUCAAUAAAACUAAGUCAUCAUUACCCAAAACACCAUCAAAAAGGGCCGAAGUUGUAAAAAAAUUAAUUCAGUCGCCAACAACAUCGAAAAUUCUAAUGAAGGAAGGAUUGAUACUCACACCAGAAUGCAAAAGAAAGCUCCAAUUAGCUGAUGAUAAAUCAAGUCACAAUCCAUCCUAUGAUGAUUUUUAUAAAAUAAAGGAAGAUGAAGAGAACAAAGAAACAUUAGUGAAACAUGCAAUUGUUGGAAUAAGUGAAGAUAAUAAGCACGAUGCUGAUGCUGUAUUAGAAUUUGAAAAACAGGCAUUAGAUAUUGUUUCGAAGGAUACCGGUAUUCAGAUAGAAGAAAUACACCAGUGGACCGAUGGGUGUGCUGCACAGUAUAAGGGGAAAAAGUCAUUUGCAGACAUAAGCCUUAGAAACAAACCUAGUAUAUGUAGAAAUUGUUUUGAGACCAGUCAUGGUAAAAACGUUUGUGACGGUCUAGGAGCCAUAGUAAAAAAUUCCUGCUACCAGGCAGUCAUUAGUUCAAAGAAAAUAAUUGGCACAGCACAAGAGGUUUUUGAUCAUUGCGAACAAAGACUUACAUCAAUUAAAUCUCAAACUGAAGGAGAAGUAAAGACUGUCUCCAAACGACAGUUUAUACUAGUUAAAGGUAUUAAGAGAGAUCGAUCAGAAACCAAUGUAAACACGUUGAAAGGAACAAGAAAACUACAUGCCGUAAGAAGUACAGGCCAUGACUAUAAGUUGAAGACUAGAAAACUGUCAUGUUACUGUUUAAAUUGUUUACAGGACAUUGAUCAGUGUCAAAAUAUCGACUACUGUCAUAGAUGGGAAACACAAACAUUAAAAGUAUUGAAAAGUACAACAAGAAAGCAGUUAGAAAACAUGGAAACAGAUCAAGAUAACAUGGAACUAGAAGACAUGGAAAUAGAUUAUCUGGAUAAUAAAGACUCAAAUACACAGGAAAACACAGAAAUAGAUCAGGAAAACAUAGAUAGUGAAAAUACUCAGAAUACUCAGCCUGAAAAUAAUAAAGAACAUUUCCAACCAGGGGUGUUUGCAGCAGUCUUAUUUCCAACAAGAAAGGAAAGUCAGUCACAGUAUGCAUUGGUCAAAUUCUUGAUAUCGAUGACCAAAAAUAUCAACUGAAAUAUAUGAAAAAAAGUGGGAA